CUCUUCUCCGCUUUGAGGCAGGCCACGAUCCAGUACUUCAGUGACAACGCGAGAGAAGACAUUGGGGAAGAAAUCAGAUCCAAGCUUUUCAAAGCGAUUUGGCAUGCGAGGAUUGCCCUAAUCGUGUUCUCCAGGAACUACGCCGACUCGAAGUGGUGCAUGAACGAGCUGGUCGAGAUUCUAGAGUGCAGGAAGAGGUUCGGAAACCAUGGUCACCUAGUUGUUCCCAUCUUCCACGAGGUAAAAACCGCAGACGUUUCGAAUUUGACGAGCGAAAGUGAAUUCGCUCAAGGUUUUGAGAGAUUGUGUGGAGGCGAAAGAGAUGAAGUGCAGAAACAAAGAUGGACAAACGCCUUGAGAGAAACUAAGCAUUUGACAGGAUUCGACUUGAGGAACGAUGCCGGAGAGAAUGAAAGGAGACUCGUGGACAUAAUAGUAGAGUACCUUGUCGAGAAAAUCCGCGAGACACGGCAACUCCACUUUGCGAGAAACGCAAUUGGGGUGGACUUGUUGGCAGGCGAGGUGAUUUCUUUAAUUAGAAUGGACCAAGAGGAGGACGUGCGCGUCAUAGGUAUAUGUGGAGUAGGAGGAAUAGGCAAGACGAUGGCGGCAGCAGUCAUCUGCGAGCGCAUUCGUCGCGAUUUCGAAUGCUUUGUCUUUCUUGAUAAAAUCGGAGAAGCAGACCGAGUUGAUAUAUUAGGCCUACAAAAGAAGCUGCUCCAUAAUCUCAUGAAGGUGGAAGGAUUGAGGACCUACGGCGACAUUCAGACCAACAUCAACGAGAUAAAUAGUAACAUGUGCUUUAAAAGGAUACUUCUUGUUCUUGACAAUGUUACUAGUAAAGAACAGAUUGACUACUUCUGGGCAGGAGACCGAGAACUGCUGUGUCCUGGGAGCAGAAUUCUGAUCACAACCCGAGACCAAAACUUGCUAAAAGAUCUCAAGGUAGACGACAAGUAUAUCGUCAAAGGAUUGGACCCGAAUGAAGCGCUCCGGCUCUUUUGUCGCCAUGCCUGGAAGAGAGAAGAACCUCAAGAAGGCUAUGAGGAGUUGUCCCGAAAUCUAGCUCAUUAUGCAGGAGGUCAUCCGGAGUCUCUUAAGAGGUUGGGCACAUUCCUAAACGGCAUGCCGAAACAACAAUGGCCUCACAUAAUGGAGAAGUUGGUUAGAAGCCCUUAUCUCGAUUCGCUCAUUCAUUCCUUCGAAUCAGCUGGGCCAUAUGGCGGUCAAGGCGGUGAUGCUUUUGAUGAUGGGACACACAAUGGGGUGAGGCAAAUUAGGCUGUAUGGACAAUCAAUUAUUGAAUCCAUCACCAUCGACUAUGAUCACGAUGGGUGUUUCGUGAGAUCCUCCCAGCAUGGUGGACAUGCCCAUGACAAUGAAACGCUGGUGAUAUUGGACCAUCCAAGGGAACACCUGAUUUCUGUAUCAGGCCAUAUCGAUGAUGAUGGAGGUCAUGAUGUUGUUCGGUCUCUCAAGAUCCACAGCAACAAGAAGACGUACGGACCAUUUGGUUCAGAAAGAGGACGGCCUUUUGAUCUCUCACAUUCUGAUAGACAGAUCAUCGGGUUUCAUGGAAAAUGUAGCAGCCAUCUCCACUCAAUCGGAGCCCAUUUCGGGCCAAUUUCUCAUGUGUAUCCAUAUGAUGUCGUGGGACCAUUUGGUGGUGAUAGUGGAAUGCACAUUUGGGACGACGGAAAACACACAGAUGUGAGGCAAAUCGUCGUAGGCUUCGAUUCGGCAAUUAAGUCCAUCUCUAUCUUAUAUGAUGAACACGGACGUCCAGUUGGUCCGUUCACACAUGGCACAAGUGGAGGAGGCAAAACAUAUACGAUUAAGUUCGACCAUCCAAUUGAGUACUUGACAUCCAUCUCGGGCUAUACUGAAGAAGUUUCCGGACUCACCAUUCUUCAGUCACUGACAAUCCAUACUAGCAGAAGGGAUCAUGGACCGAUCGGAACAGCCAAUAAAGGGAGGCAUUUUCAUUUCCAUACACCGGUGGCAAAAUUGUUGGGUUUCAUGGGAGUUGCGAUGGCCCUCAUCUCGUGUCCAUCGGAGCUUUUUAUGAGCCGAUUCCUCAUACAUAUCCUGUUAAAGUUUUCGGGCCUUUUGGAGACUUCAUCGAGUCAUUGCUUUUAA